GCUCUUCCUCUGGAAUUCCUUCAUAAACGGUGGGCAGCGCUAGUGGGCCGAUCGUCUGAAUGGACGGAGUUUAGGAGGCUGACACCUCGCACUUAAUUUUCCACCUAUUUUUUUUUUUUUUUCUUUUUUAAAUCCGUGCCAAUGAUCUUUUUUCGCAUUUUGCCCGUGCUUUGGGCUUUGUCUGCGCGGGCGGAUUUUUUCCAGUUUGACAGUAUUUCCAACGUGUCGACGUAUUAUUUUAAUUAUUUUUACUGUAAUAUCUGGGAAGGGGACUGUCAGCCGAACCAGGAUGAUGCUACACAACAAGUGCCCUCCAGGGACUUCUUUUCAACACUUCCUCAGGACUGCUUGCGCACCUUGACGGAAUGGUACUGCAGCCUCGGACAGUGCUGUGACACGGGGGACUGUCGGAUUCAAAAUAACGUCACAGGACUAGCCAAGGAUCUCGAACUUCGGCUCCACGGGCAGCACCUGGUACAGGCGGUGGUUCUCAAAGCAAUAGAGGGCUUCCUUAACAACCCAGAUCCAAACAAGCCCUUGACCCUUUCCUUCCAUGGCUGGUCUGGCACUGGGAAGAACUUUGUCGCCCGGCUGGUUGCGGAGAACCUGUAUCGCGACGGAGUGAAGAGCGAGUGUGUGCGGCUAUUCAUUGCCCCAUUUCACUUCCCGCAUGCCAAGCUGGUGGACGUGUACAAGAACCAGUUGAAGGAGGCGAUCCGAGAUGCGGUGUUGCGCUGCCAGCAGACUCUUUUUAUCUUUGAUGAGGCAGAGAAGCUGCACCCAGGCCUUAUUGAUGCCAUAAAACCCUUCAUGGAACACUAUGACAAUGUGGAUGGGGUCAGUUACAGGAGGUCCAUCUUCCUCUUCCUCAGUAACAUUGGUGGAGCAAUCAUCAACGAGGUGACGCUGGACUUCUGGCACUCUGGACAGAACCGAGAGGACAUUGGAAUGGAGGACCUAGAGCACCGGCUUCGAUCUGAAGCGGUAGAGUCACAAGGUGGCUUUGGUCAAAGUGAGCUCAUGUCAGAUCACCUGAUAGACUUUUUUGUACCCUUCUUGCCACUGGAGUACCGUCAUGUCAAACUGUGUGCCCGUGAUGCCUAUGUGGCUCGUGGUCUGCAGCCCAGGGAAGAAAUCCUGGACGAAGUGGCAAAAGCUAUGGUAUAUGUGCCCAAGGAAGAAAAGCUUUUUUCAGCCCAGGGAUGCAAGUCCGUACCCCAGAGGAUCAACUUUUUCUUGCCAUAAAGGAAAAGACUCAGACCAGCAAAACCGCAUGUGAACUCUCCAGACAUGCAUGGAUGGAUGGAUGGA